ACAGAGUUAAAAGAGAUUAAAGCCGAGAUGAAGUCGGUGUAUCUCUUGCCUUUACUCCUAGUUCUAGUUCAAGGGAACUCAGAAACGGAGAAAGAAUGGUGGGAGACGACCAUCUUCUACCAGAUCUAUCCGAGAUCCUUCAUGGAUAGUGACGGGGAUGGCAUUGGGGAUCUAAAUGGAAUUACUUCUAAACUGGAAUAUUUGAAGGAAAUUGGUGUCGGUGCAACUUGGUUGUCUCCUAUGUUCUCAUCACCCAUGUAUGAUUUUGGUUAUGAUAUCGCUGACUUUUAUGACGUUCAUCAUGAGUAUGGAACCAUGGAAGAUUUUGAAAGGCUGAUCGCUAAGGCGAAUGAAUUAGAUAUUAAAAUUAUUUUGGAUUUGGUACCAAAUCAUGGUAGUAACGAAAGCGAAUGGUUUGAUAAAGCCCUUCAGGGCGAUGAGAAAUAUUAUGAUUACUUUGUUUGGGAGGACGGAGUAGUUGAUGAAAAUGGAGAUAUGCAGCCGCCGAACAAUUGGCUUAGUGUCUUCCGUAAGAGUGCCUGGGAGUACAGGGAGGAGGUAGGAAAAUACUACCUUCACCAGUUUGUCAUCGGUCAGCCAGAUUUCAACUACCGCAACCCUGAUGUUGUCGAGGAGAUGAAAAAUGUCAUUCGCUUCUGGUUCGACAAAGGCGUUGCUGGCUUCAGAAUUGACGCUAUCGCGCAUCUUUUUGAAGUAGACAAAGAAGACUUUGGUGGCAAAUACCCUGAUGAACCUAUUUCAGGAAACAAUUUAGAUGACCCGUUAAAUUACGGUUACUUAAAUCACAUAUAUACAACAGACCAACAAGAAACGUACGACAUGGUUUACCAGUGGCGUGAUGUUUAUGAAGAAUAUAAGGCUAAAGAUGAUUUUUCCAGAGUAAUGAUGGUUGAAAUCUACGCAAGUCCUCAGAAAACCAUGAAGUACUUUGGUGAAGGUGACCGUAUUGGAGCGCAUAUGCCAUUUAAUUUUGCGCUAAUUUCUGACGUGAAUGGUGAAUCUACGGCUGCAGAGAUCAAGUAUGCUGUAGACAAAUUUUUGACCUUUAAACCACUUGACAAGUUAGCGAACUGGGUGACUGGUAAUCACGACAAUAAUAGAGUUGCUUCUAGAUACAGCCCAAAGAUAGUAGAUGGAAUGAACAUGCUUGUUCUUCUAUUGCCAGGCGUUGCUGUGACUUAUAUGGGUGAGGAAAUUGGAAUGGUUGACGGUUACGUUAGCUGGGAAGAUACAGUUGAUCCAAGUGGAUGCAACACUGAUGAUCCCAUCAACUACUGGCAAGCAUCCAGAGACCCCGAAAGGACGCCUUUCCAAUGGAGCUCUGAGAAAAAUGCUGGAUUUUCGACGGCAGACAAAACUUGGCUGCCUGUUGCUGAGGGCUACGAAAACUUGAAUGUUGAAGUGCAGCGUGAUGUCGAGAGGUCACAUUUGAACGUUUACAAGGCGUUGGCUCAACUUCGCUCUGAGCCCGCUUUCAGAUAUGGCAGAUAUGAAUCAGUCGCUCUAAAUGGUGACGUCUUUGCAUUCCGAAGGUGGUACAAUGGUGAGAACUACGUGAUCCUUGUCAACUUUAGAGACGAAUCUUACACUAUUGACUUAAGCUACUUCGAGAAUGUUAACGGAGAAUUGGAGGUUGUCCUUACGAGUAUCCAAUCACCUAAGAAUAAUGGGGACAUGCUAAACGCAUCUGCAGUGGAGAUUGUUGGCAGUGAGUCUUUCGUCGUCAAAGUUAAAGCGUAAGAAUGUCAGAACAACUUCAAAAGAAUAUGAUCGAAUUUGAAUAAAUGAUAAAAUGUGGAUUCAAA